AUGAUCGAGAUCUUGAAUGCCCCGAUAAAACAUAUCGAUGAAGGAGUCAAGCAUCUUCUUGAAUAUCUCCAUGACAAGGAGCGCAAUGAAAUUCUAGAGUGGAUCUCAUCAAUUCCUUUUGGCAAAAAUCACAAUCGCGUCAAAGAACGUAGAACUCCAGGUACAGGUAACUGGAUUAUACACCACGAACGCUUUCGUGAUUGGAAAGAGAAUAGUUCUCCAGGUCUGUUUUGGCUUCAAGGUUCACCUGGUGCCGGCAAAACCUUUCUCAUGUCCUCUGUUAUCGAUGAUAUCCAAGAUCUAUUAAGUGACUUUCCAGAUCAUGAAGGGUUUGCUUUCUUCUACUGCGAUCGUAACGAUACCCUGCGUACGCAAGCCUUGUCCGUUCUCCAGAGCUUUGUACGUCAGCUUUCGACUACUGAGCGCAGCCCAGAAAGCAUGCGUGUCAAGCUCAGGCAAGCAUACAAUCUUGCUCGAAACAGGGGCACUGAUUUUCAGUUUGAGCAGUGUAAGGAGCAGAUCCUUGAGUCAUUGAACAUAUAUCCGAGGACAAUCCUCAUGAUCGAUGCUAUGGAUGAAUGCAACUCAGAGAAACGGUAUAGACUCAUUGAUGCCUUGAGGUCUUUCAUCUUGGAGUGCAAGAAUACUGUUAAGAUUUUCAUCUCAAGCCGACCUGAUUCAAACAUCAAGUCUCACUUGGCAAGUGUGCCUAGCGUUACCAUUUCAGCCAGUGAUAAUCAUGACGAUAUCGAGAAAUUUCUUGAUCUUGAGCUAGAUCGACUUGCCAAGGAUAAAGGUAUCCGAGUUCUUGGACGUCUGAAAACGGAGAUCAUGACCAAGUUGCUUGAAAAAUGCCAGGGAAUGUUCCAGUGGGCAGCUAUGCAAGUGCAUCGGCUCAAGGACUGUACCACAGCAACGAAUGUGCGGCAGAUACUCGAAAGUCUUCCAGUUGAUCUGCAAGAAUCCUACGACAAAAUUGAAGCACUCGGAGAGCCUGAUCAGACUCUUGCUAAACGUGCCCUCCGGUGGAUCAUGGCCUCUUUGAGACCGCUUGAAAGCCAUGAGCUUUUAUUAAUCAUUCGCAUGGGCCAAGAUGGUCGGGCAUUACCUCAGGAAGAUAAUAUUGAAGAGGACUCUUUAGUAUUGCUCUGCAAGAAUUUCAUUAUCCUUGACGCUGAAUGUAAUGUGUGGCGGUUUGCUUAUAUAUCUGUGUUGGAAUAUUUGGAAUCGAAAACUAGUUGGACUUUACCAUGGGCUCAUCAUCAUGCCGCCAAUGUUUGUCUUUCUUAUUUGAUCAACUACUACGAAGAUUGA